GGGGGGCGGGCGGGUGGCCGGCGGGAGAGCUCGUGUUGCUCCGGCUUCGCCAGCACCAUGAGCGGGCUGCAGAACAGUGCUGCCCGAAGACAGUUUUUACUUGAGCGCUUACUGGAUGCGGUUAAACAGUGCCAGAUCCGAUUUGGAGGAAGGAAAGAGAUCGCUUCUGAUUCAGAUAGCAGAGUCACCUGCCUCUGCGCGCAAUUUGAGUCGGUCCUUCAACAUGGUUUAAAGAGGACUCGGGGAUUAGCUUUAACCGCCGCCGCCAUCAAACAAGUCACCGGUUUCUCCACUAAAACCGAAAUGGAAUCCAUAUUCUGGUACUAUGUGAAGGAAGUUCUUAAUAAACACGAACUGCAACGUUUCUAUUCUCUGAGGAACAUCACUACGGAUACGGGGCGAGGCCGGGCUUGGCUACGCUGUGCUCUCAAUGAACAUUCCCUAGAAAGAUAUUUGCACAUGUUGCUUGCUGAUAAAAACCAUCUUAGUGUCUUCUAUGAAGACUGGUCCUUCUUGAUGGAUGAAGAACGCUCCAGUAUGAUUCCCACCAUGGCAGCUGGGCUGAACUCUAUUCUUUUUGCCAUCAACAUCGAUAAUAAGGAUUUAAACGGGCCGAGCAAAUGCCCGCCCUCCGUCUCUGAGCUCCUCAAGGAAUCGACCCAGAACGUGACCUCUUUGCUGAAGGAAUCCACCCAAGGUGUCAGCACCCUCUUCCGGGAGAUCACAGCUUCAUCCCCUGUUUCCAUGCUCAUCAAAUCUGACCAAGAUGCUGACCUGCUGCCUAUUUUAUCCAAGAGUGUCAGUGGCGAUUUAAAAUGCCGGAAAGAUCGAACGAAGAAAAAGAAGAAAAUCACAAAAAUCAUUUCGUUCGAUGAUGAAGAGGGCCAACUUUUCGGGACCCCCUUACGGGGGACAGUGGCAGGAGAAGACUCCGAAGACGGCUGCGACAGACUUUCCGCCUCGGCAGCUUCUUCGGUAACUGAACAGGCGGAUCUUCUGCCUGGCAACCAGGAUGGAACGUCGCUGAAACAUCAUUCUGAGUACCUGAACGGGGACUGCAGCUACCUGAAACUGGAUGUCAAAAGCAUAGAUGAUGAAGAGGCCGAAGAGAACGAGGAGAAUCGCGCCAGAACAUUGAGGAACCACAAUGUGAUGGACGACACACAGGUGCUCACAAAACCUUCUGAAGGUGUGACGUCCCAUUCGCUGGUUUGCACGGGGACGCCUCUACAAAUGUUGAACGAUGACGCGGAUGAAUUAUUCCCAGUCAGCGCUGUGGGUUCUUUUCCCCAGACUGAAAAUCUGGAGGACGGCAACGAACACGGAAAUGCAGACUUUUCAGUAGAAUUGACUCCGAGCAAUGCCGAAUUGCACUACAGGGUAGAAGCUAGCUCUCCUGUCCACAAGAAUGCAUUAACCGAACUUCUGCCUUCCGAUAGCGUGCCAGAGUCGAUGACUGUGGCGGAACUUCGGCAAGCUAUUGUAGCCAUGAUGAACAGAAAGCAUGAACUAGAAGAACAGACUAGUUCCUUGCGGAGCCUCUUGGAGGGCGAGAUGGAACAUUCGUCGGGACUCCGUCAAGAGGUGGACAACCUGAAGAAGAAAGUUUCCGAGCAUGAAGAACACUAUACAGUGAGGAUCCAGGCCUUGGCAAGGGAGAAUGAGGUGCUCAAAGUCCAGCUCAAGAAAUACGUCGGGGCUGUCCAGAUGUUGAAAAGAGAAGGUCAAACCAUGGACGUCUUGCCAAAUCUUUGGAACGCAGAUAGUGAAUUCUCUAUUCCCGAACAAAAGCAAGUGGAAAACAAUGAGGAGCGUGCAAACUCUUAUGAAAGGAAGCUGAUUGAGGUGGCGGAAAUGCACGGGGAACUCAUCGAAUUCAACGAACGGCUCCAUCGUGCCUUGAUGGCCAAAGAAGCCCUCGUGACGCAGAUGAGGCAAGAACUGAUCGAUCUGAGAGGACCGGUUCCCGGAGAUCUCAGUCAAACCUCUGAAGAUCAAAGCCUCUCAGAUUUUGAAAUAUCAAACCGAGCACUUAUAAACGUCUGGAUCCCUUCAGUCUUUCUCCGUGGGAAAGCAGCAAAUGCAUUUCAUGUUUAUCAACUAUAUAUCAGGAUAAAAGACGACGAGUGGAAUGUUUAUCGACGAUACACGGAAUUCAGAGGGCUUCACCACAAGUUGCAGAUGAGGUAUCACCAAGUGCGAAGUUUUAACUUCCCGCCCAAGAAAGCCAUAGGAAACAAGGAUGCCAAGUUCGUGGAGGAACGGCGGAAGCAGUUGCAAAACUACUUGAGAAACGUGAUGAACAAAGUCAUUCAGUCUCUGCCGGAAUUCAUUGCCAACCCCAAAAAAGAGACUCUCAUCCAACUGAUGCCCUUUUUCGUGGACUUCCAACCUGCAGGAGAAUCUGCCACCAAAACCAAUCAUCGGCGAGCGGCCACCCACUUCCCCAGGCUGUCUCGGAACCACCCCAGAGAAUCCCGCAAUCCGGAACCUCAAAGUGGUGACCUUUGACCUGUGACCCCUGCAAGGACCACAUCCUGUAGGCAGCCAUUGAGUUUGUCCUGAGGAUCCAAGUCUGUGAGACUACAAGAAGCGGUCAAGAACAAUGGCAUUGAAGUGAUCCCCCGAAAAGAUACCGCCCUGUCGAAAGAUCCAUCACCCAAUUGAACAAAACAGAGAUGGUCCAAUCGCAAUCCUUUCCCAAAACAGUGAAGGAUCUUUUUUGCCCUAGAGCAGCGCUUUCUGCUCUAAGUUGUCUGGACUGCAACUCCCAGAAUUCCCCAGCCAGCCAUUUCUCAUGUAGGCUGGGAGACUCUGGGAGGUGAAGUUCACACAUUUUUAAAUUUUUUUUUUUCAAGGUUGAAAAACACAGCGAGAGGAGGAGAGAGAAAGAAGGAAGGAAAGGAAGGAAGGAAGGAAAAAUCAAAGGAAGAAAAAGAAGGAAGGAAGGAAGGAAGGAAGGAAAAAUCAAAGGAAGGAAGAAAAGAAGAAGAAGGAAGGAAGGAAAGAAGAAAGAAGGAAGAAAGAAAAAGAAAGAAAGAAAAAGAAAGAAGCAAAGAAAGAGGAACAAAGGAAAAAUCAAAGGAAGGAAGGAAAAAAAGAAGGAAGGAAAAAAGGAAGGAAGGAAGGAAAUAAAGGGGAAAAAGAAAGAAGCAAAGAAAGAAAGGAACAAAGGAAAAAUCAAAGGAAGGAAGGGAAAAAAGGAAAGAAGGAAGAAGGAAGAAAAAAAGGGAAAAAAGAAAAAGGAAGGAUGGAUGGACAGAAGAAGGAAGGGAGGAGGAAGAAAGAAAGAAAGAAAGAGAAAGAAAAAGAAAGAAAGAAAGAAAGAAAGAAAGAAAGAAAGAAAGAAAGAACGUUUCCGUUUCCUUUGAUUAAGCCAUAGGCACCACGGCUUCUCUUUUCAUCUGUGAGAAUUUUUAUAGCUCUUACGGUGAUAGUUUCCAUUGCAGCCAGAAUUGCUCUCCUCGCCUUCCAGAUUCCUCAGAACGACAUUUCCCACAACUGUACUUAUAGUGAGCAUUAUCAAACUGUUUAUUUUAAGCCAUCCCUCCCCUCCCCAUCUUCCCUGCUCUCCUUUGUUUUUGCUCGCUUUAUUUUCUCCCAAACUGGAGCAGUAAGAAGCAACAGGAGGACAGUUUUCAUCUCUCUCUGCCAUUCAUCCCCCGCCUCCCUCCGUCCCCGAUCUUGUAAGGCCCAAAACUACCAAUCCAUUGAUGAAUCAUCCUGCUUUGAUGUUAAGGCACUUUGACGUUCAUCGGUUCGUUUGAAGUGGAAUUAUUAACGAUGAGCCUGGCAAGGGCGGGAGAAAGCUUCCCGAGCCGAAACUUUCCACCUGUUUGCCUGAACUUCCACGAUAUAUAUAUAUAUAUGUUUUUCCUCUAGCCAGGUUUUCCCUACAUAACCAAGGUUUUUCUGCAGCCCCAGCUCAGUAGAAUCACAUCCACUCGAUUCUGGGCUUUUUUCCUUUCUAGCAGCCAGCAAGCUCUUCCUGCUAGGUGGGAGACCUAUAUAAGAUCUAUUUCCAGCUCGUUUGCUUUCAUCAGUAGGCCACACCCACAUCUUAUGUAUCCUCCCUGUAAAGGUAUAGUACUAUUUUUCUCAUCUGAAAAUCGGAUGAGAAGCAAAACGUCUUCAAAGAAAAAAGCCAGAACGACCAUUUGCCUCUUGCAAAUAAAAUUAAAAAAAAGCACUUUUCGGACGACCCGUGAUCUGGAGGACUGAGAAUUUCCCUAGACAUUUCCCAGUGAGAAGCAUUUCUGCACCAAUGGUGAAAUGUAAAAUUUGUUGCUACCGGUUCUGUGGAAGUGGCUUGGGGGGGGGUGUCAUGUGACUGGGUGGGUGUGGCUAACUUUUUAAAAAAACUUUUUCAAGCAUUUUUUUUACUACCGGUUCGGGCGAAUAGGUAGUAAAAAAUGCUUUAAAAAGGUUUUUUAAAAAGGUUCCGACGAUCACAGCUAUACCACACGAUCAUCGGAACCUUUUCUUUUACUUUUUUAAAGCAUUGUUUUACUACCUAUUCGCCCGAACCGGUAGUAAAAAAAAUGCUUUAAAAAAGUUAAAAAAAAAAAGUUCCAAUGAUCGCGCAGCACAACUAAUUGACAAUCAGCUGUGCCACACGAUCGUCGGAGCCUCUUUUUUUUUACUUUUUAAAGCAUUUUUUUUUAGUACCGGUUUGCCCGAACUGGUAGUUUUUAUCACGUACCGGCUUGCCCGAACCGGAGCGAACCGGUAGCAUUUCACCCUUGAUUUCCACCCAGCUAGUUGUUUUCGCUCUCCUUGUUUUCCAAAUAAUAAAAAGAUUCAUGAA